GACAGUGUCCUGCCUAUUGCUUUUCCUGACUGUGCCUGAUAGCCAUAAUUGUCACUGAGAUGUACGUAACUCGGCGGGCAUAAGUUGGAGGAACAGGAGAAGGAAGCGCCUCGUUUGAAUCGGCGCGCUGAUUACUUUCGUGAUGCGCGGUCGUCUGCUGCUCCCGCGUCCAGUUAAAUAAUUUCGUCGCUUUGCUGCCGAACCAUGUGAUUGCAUUCGAUAUCCACCGAAUUGCGUUUGAUCUUUCAGCGUGCUGCCGUGAAUCAUCUGGAUGAGACCUACGCGUUUGACGGUAAAAACUUGCGGCGCAUCAUCGACUGAUGGGGUCCGCGCGACUGGAUGGAGAUGCUUUCGGCCGGCGCUCAUUGGAAUAUGACUAUCUGCAACUGCGAGAUGAGAACGUGCACCUCAAGAAACAUGCCAGAGAGCAAGAGGAGAAGGCUAAAAAGUUGGCUACUCGACUGUCAAGAGUUAUUAAUGAAAAGAUCAAGCAAGGUGCCACAGCCAGUGAGCUGGGGCCUCGACGUCACAUGGUAGAAAUGGAGCAAAAAGUUGAAGACUUGGACAACAAGGUUAGGGCUCUUGAGAAACAAAACAUGCAGCUAAAGGGCAAGCUCCAAGUCAGCAGGCAGCUUAUUACCACAGCCACCCAGUUUCAAAGUCCUUAUUCUAAGGUGCAGCCUCGGGUCAACUCUGGUUUACGCCGUCCUAUUCAGAAGCCUCGGCCAUUUGGAAAUGAGUCUGCAGUGACAGCUGCUUCUUUGCAGAAAAAGAUGGGAGCUUCUGAUUUAGUCCAUGCACCCCCAUAUGUUGUCAGCCUUAUCAGGGAAGCAAAAGAAGAAAUUGAGAAACUCGAAGCAGUCGUGGAAUCUCAGCGCUUACAGCUGGCUGAAGUGGCUGAGCAGGCACGCUUUAGGGAAGCGGAACUUCAAACAGAAUUGUCUGAGAUGAAGGAGCAGGUGAAUCAGGGCCAAGUUCGCUACAUUCAAGGAAAUGUGGAUAUCUUGAGUUUACGACGAGAUGCAGAACACUGUGCUCUCAGAGAAGCAACCUUCAAAUCUGAGCUGGAAGCUCUUGACAAGAAAAUGGAGAAAGUGAGUGCUCACAACAGCAGUUUGUUGGGCGAGGUAGAUCAACUGGCAUCCCAACUGAGAACAGAGCAAGCAAAAAAUCUUCAGCUGGAAGAGAAUUUGAGUGCUUGCGAGGCUAUGCAGAAGGCACUUGCAGAGCUCGAACAACGACUUGCUGAUCUUCAACAAGAGAAUGAAAUCUUGAAAACUGCUAAUGAACAGCUUCUGAACAGCAUUGAAGGAAGUGACGUGGAUGAAAAUAAGUGGCAUGAAGAGGCUGGGGCUCUCAAGUUGCAGGUUACUCAGCUGGAAGCAAUUAUCAAGUCUGACAACGAUGAAAAAGCAGCUCUCGAAAAAGAGCUAGCAGAAAGAAUAGAGUUGUACCAAAGUCUCCAGGAAGAACAUGGAAAUCUUGAGAAGGCUCAUGCUGAGAUAACAGCCAGGCUAGAAACUGUUCAGAAGGAUUUGCAGGACCUUCAGAAGGAUGCGCAUAGCAAGAGCGUGUCGAUGGACAGAAUCAUCCUGCCUGAAAGUUCAACAAAUGCUUUUGGGACAAUGCUAAUAAAUGGCCUUAGUCCCUCCGGUCCUGCGAGUAGUAAACAGUGUCUUGACAAAGAAGUGCAAGCUACUGUUCUGGAAAAUGGCUAUGAGGAGAUGACAAAGUUGAAGGAAGAGCAGCAGAGGGUGAUAGAAAAAGAACGGCUUCGUAUUAAAGAGCUUCAAAGUUUGCUGACAGAGAAAGCUAAGAAGAUUGAGGUUUUAGAAAAGCAUUUGGCCCACAUUCCAUCCAAGCAAGUUCAAGUGACCGAAGUUUGUGCGCCAAAUGAAGCAGAUGAUGAGCACUGCCUUAGUUUGGUCAGAAAAGGGCAAAGUUUUCUGGAGAUACAUCUCAAUAAGAUAACAUUUGUGGCCUGGCAAGAUGCACUUGAAGGCAGUGCUCCUCCCCCUGUGUUUGCAACAUGGACAUUUGCUGACUUUCAACCACAGUCAACGCCUGUUGCUACUGGAAAGUUCCCAGAAUUCAACUGCACCGCUCGCUACGCUGUUGCUGUAGAUUCCACCUUUAUAGAUUACCUUCAUAAGGACUCUGUACAGAUCCAAGUACAAGCUGUGCACGGUGCAGACAUACACAGCUUGGGCACUUGCCAGAUCGCUUUGAGGCCUGCACUGCAACAUCCUUUCAAGUGCAACUAUGCUCAGGCAGCACUUGUUGGAGUCCAAGAUGGGCAGCACAAGCACUUUGUUGGAACUCUGAGCUAUUGGGUUCGUUUUUUACCUGCUGCUGAUCCAGCCAGAAGGCUGUUGGGUCUUUCAGUGCCAAUGUCCCCACCAAAAGUGUUGCCUCAUUCUGGACAUCAAAGCAAAAAGCAGAAUGGAGAGAUAGCCAACGCUGCGUACAAUGAGCUUAAAGUCAACGUUGUUCGUUGCACGGCAAUACCAUCAAAACAAGGACACCUGCAGAAGAGUUUAUAUUGCUGCUAUCAGCUGUGUGACUUUCCUGAGCAACAGACUGUAUUUGCAACCGCUGUUGACAGCAGUGUUGAUUUUCAUCACAUUUACACUUUUCCUGUCAAGACGGACAGCCGACUUCACAAACAGCUCCUUUCACAGAGCUUGGUACUACUAUUGCUUGAAGAAGAUGCUGAACCUGGUUCUUUUGUUGGAAAAGCAUCUGUGCCCUUGUCUCCACUGGCCAUUGGGCAAGCAGUGCAAGGGCCUUUUCUACUAUUUAGUCCAUGGGGUGAGGAUGCAGGCUCUGUGGAAUUGGAAAUUGCUUGGGAGCAUGAGUACAAUCCUCCAAGAAAGCCUGUACCUAGAGCAAGAUCAAAAAAUGGAUUAGGUGGUCAUAAAUCAAAGAGAAUGCCAUCAGCUCAAUAUCGAGCUUCUGCAUCACGGAUGUUGCCUACUACCAGUGACAUGACAAAGGACCAGCAGCCUGCUUUGAGGCCUCAAGAAGCGGUUAUCAGUGAACGCAAAAAUGCUUUGCAGAGCUCACACUCACGCAAAGGAAGUAGAGAGAGAGGUGAACGUGCUGAGAGCAGCUCCCUGACAUCUGUGUCCAGUUUGUCUCCUGCAAGUGGAAGCAUCAGUGCCCCAGCAGGUGUGAAGGGCAGCAAAGUUCAGCGACAGGAUGAUGGCAACAAUACUGCUGGUGUGAACAACAGCCUUGCAGAAGAGAGUCAGAGUCUUGAAGAGUUCAGCAACGGACAAGUAGUAGUCGUCAAAACAGCCGCAUUGAAGAGGAGUGAUACAUUUAAGAUUUCAGAUGCAGCAGUUUUCUCAGUGAUUAACCUGGGAUUUUUGCCUGGUGCUGCAGUAUUGAAAAACAAGUCAAUUGAGAUGCUUUUUGUUGAGUUCCAAUUUCUUGACUGCUCGCCAGAAGAACUUGAAACGCCAGUUGCCCUGCCAAAGCCAAAACCUCCGCAACGAAUUGCCUUCAACUUUAGAAAAGUUGUUCAUCUCGAUUCCAAUCGUCAUCAAGAGAGGAGGGAAGCCCUGGCUUCUAUGAUGACAUCUAAAAACCCCAAGAGUGCCAUCAUAAAAUUCACAGUGGUGAGUGAACCCUUAGGCAAAAACAAAAAUGCUGAGUGCCAAGAUGUUGGCUUUGCUAUAAUUGACUUGAAACAGAUUUUAAAAUAUGGCAAGGACAUUAUAGAAGAAGAUGUUGAUGUUCUGGACGCAAGAAGCAACAUGGUCAUUGGAAAACUGAAUGUUUCAAUUGAAAUACUCGCAGCACUGAAGCGCAUCCUGGCCGAGAGCAAGCAUACUUCUCGUGUGUCUUCAUAGCUUUAGCCACUGAUGAAAAGAUUAUUGCUACUUACCACUGCAAUUUAUAUGAAGGAAGAGAUCAUUAUUUCUUGUAUCUUCAUGUCUCUCAACCAAAGCUCAGAGGUAGAGCAAGUUCAGCAAGCUUGAUUUGAAAUAAGCAUGAAACAUUAGCAAUAUUAAUAAAGCCAACACAUGCCAACAUAUGGUGAAGCAGUGAGAGAACAAGAUGAAGAUGCUGGAAAUGUGCAAUUCAUCGUAUCCAUGCAUUUUUACCACAUCAUGUGUAACUGAAGCCUUGCGCCAUGUGGCAUGUCUCAUUUACUGCCUUAGACUCAUGUUUGAAUGUGUGAAACCGUGAAAUUUUGGUAGAGUUGAUGUCAAGCAUUCUUGACAGCACCAAAUUUUUGCAGUGUGCUCGAAAAAAGCAUGUGCACAUUUUGUAAAAUGCGGAUGUGCUUUACAUGAAUGUACAAAUGUACUAGUGUGCGUUAAGAAUAUGCUAUUAAAACCCACAAUUAGUUGUGUAUAACCUGUGUGUGGUGGUUGU